AUGGAAGCCCAAAACAAGUUUAUUAUUCUCUUAUAUGAUAAAGCAUCCCCACAUGUUAGUGAAAAUGCGGGUGUUAUCCAUUCAUUUAAGGCACAAUAUUGUAGAUGUCUUUUGCAAUUCCAGCUAAAUGAGUUUAACAAGAUAUAUAUUACUAAAGAAUCAUCUAAAGAAAUAAAUAUUAAAAUAGCAAUUGAUUGGUUAGUUGAAGCUUGGAACAAGGUUUCUUGUGAAACAAUUAUUAACUGCUGGAAAAAAACUGAGAUACUGUUACCUUCAAUGUUUGAUAGUAUAUCAGUACCAUCAACACCAUCAUCAGAUAGCACUAUUACUGAUGAUUUAACAAUCGAUACUCAAAAAACUGAAGAAGAAAUUCAAGAUUUAAUGAAUAAACUACCAUAUGAUAAUAUACUCAAUGUAGAUGAGUAUAUUAAUAUUGAUAAUAUAUCUGGAAAUGUUGAUUUAACUAAUGAAGAAAUUAUUAAUAUAAUUCAUGAUGAAGUAAAUGAAAAAGAACAAAUUGCAGUUAAAAAUGCUAUUGAUAGCAUAGAUAAUCUCUUACAAUUUGUAAAUGAAAAUUCUAUUUUAAAAAUUAAUGAUAAUGAGAAAAAACUUCUUUAUGUAAUUCAGCAAAAAAUUUAUAAUAUGAAUGAUUAA